AAUUAACCGUACACAGUCCAAUGAUCAUAUAUUUAUAAAUAGCUGCGGAAUUUUAUAUUUAUUUCGUAAGCGAAUUACGACUAGAAUGGUUGUCUCACUUGAAAGAUGGCAAGGAAAGGUGGCCGUUGUCACCGGAUCGAGUAGCGGAAUAGGUGCGGCUAUUUCGGAGAAGUUGGUGGAAGCCGGUGUGAUUGUUGUGGGGCUCGCUCGAAGAAAAGAGAGGUUAGACGAAUUGGCGGUUAAACUUAAAGACAAGGCCGGAAAAUUUCAUCCGAUCAGGACAGAUGUGAGUAAAGAGGAAGAUCUCUUGAGGGCCUUCGAGUGGGUGGAGGCCAAUCUUGGAGCCGUUCACGUUCUCGUGAACAGCGCCGGUUUGAGGAAACCGACGAAUUUGGUCGAAGGAUCGACUGAGAUGUGGAGGGAGAUAAUCGACGUUAACGUGCUGGGUUUGUGCGUUGCCACAAGAGAGGCGGUGAGAAGUAUGCGAAAACAUCACGUGGAUGGUCACGUGAUCCACGUGAACAGCCUCGCUGGGCACCGUGUGUUGUGGUUUGCUGAGUCUAGCGUCUAUCCCGCUAGCAAACAUGCAGUGACGGCUUUAACCGAAACUCUUCGGCAGGAAUUGAAUGCGAUCGGGAGCAAAAUUAAAGUUACUAGCAUCAGUCCAGGUCUUGUAGACAAUGAAUUUCGGCAGGUGUCUGGAGUUGCAGAGAUUGAUGGUGGCGCGGCGAUUCAGUCGGAGGAUGUGGCACACGCUACCGUUUACGUCCUGGGGACACCUCCUCACGUGCAGGUUCACGAGUUGAUAAUCCGGCCCGUCGGGGGAAAGUACUGAUUUUAACACAAAAUUGCUUCCUCUCUACCAUUUGCGGUACUGUUAUUACUCCACGUCAAAGAGUAAAGGUGUAAUGUGAAAGAUAAUUAAACUCUUUAGCUGAAGUUUUUCAGUACA